AUUACACUCUACUGUCAAUAUCACAAAAGCAACUUAAUCGCAACCGUCCACUCACUCUACUUUCUCAUAUCAACAGUCCUUGCGCUGUGACAAAUUUGAACUUUUUUGUCCCCGUUCUAAAGCUGUAUAUAUUAAUUUCUUUCGCGGCUUCUGCUCUUCUAUGUCUUCGCUCCUCUUUAUUUCAACCUCUCCAACCCUCACUUUCUGAGUUUGCUGGAUUUUCUUGAACCAGAGAAUUUCUACGAAGCUUUUGGCUCUUUAUUGAAACUUUGAUAUGCUGAGAGCUUGAAAAUCGAACAGUUCAUUUUACUUUCUUCUCAUUGGAAUUGUUGCAGCUACAAUGGCGAUCAGUUUAGAGUCCAUUUUGUCAAAAUCGGAGGCAAUAGUAGGAUCGGAUCACUCUUCCGUGGUGUCGAUAAACCUAUUCGUGGCACUUCUCUGCGCCUGUAUUGUAAUUGGCCAUUUACUAGAGGAGAAUCGGUGGAUGAACGAGUCCAUCACAGCUCUUGCUAUAGUUUAUGGUGAGUUGAUGCAGGGUCUGUGCACUGGAGUGGUUAUUUUGCUUACAACUGGAGGGAAGAGCUCACGUCUCUUAGUCUUCAGUGAAGAUUUAUUCUUCAUUUAUCUUCUUCCACCUAUUAUUUUUAAUGCUGGGUUCCAGGUUAAGAAGAAGCAAUUUUUCCGCAACUUCAUGACUAUUGUUCUCUUUGGUGCAGUUGGUACUCUCAUAUCCACUGGUGUCAUAUCAAUAGGUGCUAUGCACUUCUUCAAGAAAAUGAAUGUUGGUUCCCUUGACAUAGGAGACUAUCUCGCAAUUGGAGCAAUAUUCUCUGCCACAGAUUCUGUUUGUACAUUGCAGGUGCUUAAUCAGGAUGAGACACCUUUGCUAUACAGUGUGGUUUUCGGUGAAGGUGUUGUAAAUGAUGCCACAUCAGUGGUGCUUUUCAAUGCCAUCCAGAGCCUUGAUUUCUCCCACAUCAAUUCCAGUGUUGCUAUGCGAUUUGCUGGGAGUUUUCUAUAUCUAUUCAUUUCAAGCACUGUUUUAGGAGUUCUAGCUGGAUUAUUUAGUGCUUACAUCAUUAAGAAGCUUUAUUUUGGCAGGCACUCUACUGACCGAGAGGUUGCUCUUAUGAUACUCAUGGCUUACCUUUCAUAUAUGUUGGCUGAACUAUUCUAUUUAAGCGCCAUUCUUACUGUAUUCUUUUGUGGGAUUGUUAUGUCUCAUUAUACAUGGCAUAAUGUGACUGAGAGUUCUCGGGUGACAACCAAACAUGCUUUUGCCACUUUAUCAUUUGUUGCUGAGAUCUUUAUCUUCCUUUAUGUUGGCAUGGAUGCCUUGGACAUCGAAAAAUGGAAGUAUGUAAGCCAUAGCCCUGGCACAUCAGUUGGGGUGAGUGCAAUACUCCUGGGAUUGGUUCUGAUUGGAAGAGCAGCCUUUGUUUUCCCCUUAUCCUUUUUAUCCAACUUGACUAAGAAGUCUCCUUAUGAUAAAAUUGACAUAAAGCAACAGGUAACAAUAUGGUGGGCUGGCCUCAUGCGUGGUGCUGUUUCAAUGGCUCUUGCCUAUAAUCAGUUUACCAGUUCAGGCUAUACACAAUUACGUGGGAGUGCAAUCAUGAUCACCAGCACCAUCACAGUUGUCCUUUUCAGUACAGUGGUUUUUGGGUUGAUUACAAAACCACUAGUGAGAGUCUUGCUUCCUUCUCCAAAACUCACUGGUAGUAUGUUGUCUUCUGAACCUUCAAGUCCGAAAUCCUCAACCAUUCCACUUCUAAAUCAGCAAGAUUUGGAGGACAACAAAGGCAGCCAGAAUGAUGGCCGGACACCCACUUUAAUGAUGCUUCUAAGAACCCCUUCUCACUGUGUCCACCAUUAUUGGAGAAAAUUUGAUGAUGCCUUCAUGCGACCUGUUUUUGGUGGCAGGGGCUUUGUGCCUUUUGUACCUGGCUCUCCAACUGAGCAAGAUCAUCUUCUUCAAUGGCAGUGAGGAGAUAUUGUCCACAUAUUAAUCAAUUAACGACUACACUAAUUCAUCAAACUUGUAGGUAAGUAGCUCGUGCGAUCGGCUUGCGGUGUGAAAUUUGUUAAUAUGUCAGAGAGAUUUCAGAGUGAGGUUUGUGACGCCAUUUUUAGUCAGGGUUGUCAGCUUGUAAUUUGCUUCCAUUUUGGUGAGAAAUUCUUUUAUAGUAUACAUAUACCUAUGGUUUGUCAAAUGAGAUUACUGAACGAGAGAGAGUGAGCAGAGUAUAAGUAAGUGUUCCUAUAAUCCUAUACUGGAUUUUGUGAAACGCCCACUUGUUGUAUUUCUCAUAGUUUUGUUUGAUUGAUGCAAUGAAGGAUGGGAUUUUUAAUAUUGCAA